GCUACGCGAGAGAAGGAGGUCGGGAUGCUGCCGCGCCUCCUCGUGCGCAUGGGCGUCAUCGCGGAAGCGCGCGUCAAGGCGCGAGUCGAGCGCCGAGCGGCGGCGCGGCCGACGGUCGAUGUGCUGACCAAGUACCCGCACGACACGACGGCCUUCACGCAGGGCUUCACGGUGGUGAACCGCGGCCACGACAAGAUCUUCAUUGAGUCGACGGGGCUGAACGGAGAGUCGAGCGUGCGCCAUGUGGACAUUGAGAGCGGCAAGGUGCUGAAGCAGUACAAUUUGCCUCAGGAGCUCUUCGGUGAAGGCGUCACGGCGGGGCCCAAUGACGAGCUGGUCAUGCUAACGUGGAAGAGCAAGACCGGCCUGUUCACGUUCGACACGGUCACGGGCGAAGGCUGGGGCAUCACGUACGACGGCGAGAAGUUCGUCGUCUCGGACGGCUCGUCAACGCUCAUGUUCUUGGACCCGAAGACGAUGGAGGAGGUGCGCAGUGUCGACGUCACCAUGUACGACGGCGCGCAGAAGAUCUCGCAGAUCAACGAGCUCGAGUUCGCCAAGGGCUUCAUCUACGCGAACGUGUGGUACCACCCGUACGUGCUUAAGAUCGACCCGGAGACCGGCGGCAUCGUCACCAUGUUCGACUUGUCCAAGCUCGUGGCGGACGUCGGCGUGGACGUGAUGUCCGGCGCCGUGCUCAACGGCAUCGCCUAUGACGACGCGGAAGACGUCUUCUACGUCACGGGCAAGCUCUGGGGUGCCGUCUACAAGGUGCGUCUCGUGGACCCUGUGCAGUAGCUGGCAACAACCACAAAUCAAAGAAACACAAUAGAGUGCACUCACUGUACGUAAAGAAGCACCAUGAGCAACACACACACACAGCACAAAU